AUGGUACAGAUCUCCAAAGAGCUUCUCUUCGGCUACAAGAAAGUACUAGAGUACUACGUUGGUGAAAGACCAAACGGCGUGAAAACGUAUUGGUUAAUGCAAGAAUACUCGUCUGAGUCUUCUUCUGUUGAUAACGAGAAGGUCGAUCAUGCUUUGUGCAAGAUUUACCUGACUCUAAAGGGAGCAAAGAAGAAGAAAGCUGGGGAUCAGGAAGAAGAGAAUGAGAAGCUUAAGAAAGAAGAAGAGGCGGGUGAUAAUCAGGAUUUGCAUCAACCGGACCAAUCGCAGUCUCAUGAUAUGGUGUAUCAGCAUCCACAGUACUGUUUACUUCCAGCACAGAAUCAGAAGCCGCAGACGCAGACGCAGCCUAUUCCUUACAACUCUUCUGAGUUGAUCAGCUUUGAGCAGGAACGAGUGAUCCCAGAGGAUUUUGAAGAUUUCUUCGCUGAUUUCAUUAAGCCACAUUCACUGGCUGGAGAUGAGGAUUCCAGCAGUUAUGGUUUAUUUGAAGGCUUCGACACAGUAGGAAUGAUAAAAGAUUGCACUUACUAA